GCAAAUAAACAUGAUUGUGCUGUCUAUAGUUUAAAAUUUAAAUUCUGCAGAAAUAUUUUUGUACAAGUUAACCACUCUGAGUUUAGUAUAUCCGGUAAUCCUUUUUGGUACAAGUUAACUACAACGUAUAUCUGGUCAAUCACUCACUUCCUGUCAGCCUUACUGACCAGUCCGGUCUCACUUUGUCUAUCGUCUUCAAUCUUGUUAGAUGCGUGCCUCGAGCCACUAAUUUUUUACCAAUAUUAUUCACGACGGCAACGUUUUCCACACAAAAUAAACUAUGAAACCCGUGUGACUUUUGUUUGCGUUGUGCGUUGUGCAAGGUUAGCUAUCUGCCUGCACCAGGCAGAAUAGUAAAAAAUUAGUGAAUUCGUUUGGCAUGUCUGCUGCGGAUCGACGGAUACGGAAACUCACACCCAAAGGCCUCGUCAUGUUCAACGAGCAGUGUGAAAAAUUGAAAAGUAAAACCGAUGAAACAUGGGCGGAAGUGGAGGAUGCUCUUGUAACAUCUGGAACAUGCGCAAAGGACUUCCAAAAAAUAAGAGAAGUAGAACGUUUAAUUUCUGUGAAAUUCAAAGAUUUCUGUAUCGCUAGUGAAGACUAUAAGAAAUAUCUACUUUCUCAAAAUACAGAGGAGACGGUCAACUUGUUAAAUGAAUUAGAAGUUUCAAUGAACAAGUGUUUUUCAAUUGUAAAAAGAACAAGUGAUGAGUUGAAGGAAACCAAAUUUGAACUCCUUGAAACACUAAGUCAUGUGUCGUCUAAUGUAUCAAGUUUUCAAAGAGCUAAAGCGCAAGCUGAAAGAGCGAAACUAGAGCUGAUCAAGAGAGAAGGUGAGCUUUUAAAACAAAAAACUGAUAUCGAAGCUAAAAAUUAGUAUCGUCAGACAGGAGAAAGAAAUCAUCUCAGCAGAAGCGGACUUCACAGAAGAAGAAAAGAUUGAUCUUCCAAUCUACUCAAGGGAACAGAUGACGAGUGCGUUUAUCCUCAAACACGACCAUAUCCCAUCAAAUACCGAGGAUGGCCACAUUCAACAAAAUCAACCAUAUUUUGAACAGAAUCCACCAAUCAGUGUUCAACAUCCAGAGGCGGAUGACCGACAUCCGGGAUAUCUAAAUGCAGUUAAUCAAGGUUGUGUUCCUUCAAUUCCAAUUCAUCAAAUGCAUCAAUUGUGUGCGCCUUCUAAUUCAGUGAAUCCAGUUUGUUCUACCUCGAUUUCAGUGCCUCAAGUUUGUGCUUCUCAAAAUUCAGUGUCUCAAGUGAAUGUCCUUUUAAAUUCAGUGUCUCAAGUGAGUGUUCCUUCAAAUUCAGUGCCUCAGAUGCGUGUUCCAAAUUCAGUUGAUCAACGGAGUGCUCCAUUGAAUGCAGCUUCUCAAGUGUUCGUUCCCUCGAAUUCAAUGCGUCAAGUUUGUGUUACUACAAAUUCAUUGCCUCAUGUAAUUACCGUUCCAAAUCUAGUACCACCACGGACCGACAACACUUCGACAAUGGCCGACUUUUCAAAGUUUUUGCUACGCAAGGAUUUUCUACUCACAAGAUUCACCAACUUUGAUGAUCGUCCAGAAAAUUUCAAUUCUUGGAGUUCUUCAUUCCGGAGUGUUAUUCUAGAACUUGGUGUCACAGAGUUUGAGGAAAUGGAUCUACUUGUGAAAUGGUUGGGUCCAGCGUCAUCAAAGUUUGCACGCACACUGCGCUCUGCAAACACCCACAAUCCUAGCCUAGGUGUAAAGCGUAUUUGGGAUAGACUGAACGAUAAAUAUGGGAGACCUGAGAUGGUGGAACAUGCUCUAAAACAGAAACUACACUCGUUCCCAACCCUCACAAAUAAAGAUCAUGCCAAAUUGUAUGAUCUCGUGGACAUUCUCACCGAAAUUGAAUCGGCGAUGACUAAUCCAAAAUACGAAAUUUGUCUGAGCUACUUCAAUUCAUCUACUGGAGUACUACCCAUAGUUGCCAAACUACCCAUAUCUCUACAAGACAAGUGGACCUCUCAAGCAGCUGGAUAUAAAAAACGGAAUGAUGUAGCAUUCCCUCCAUUUUCCUUUUUUGUCGAGUUCAUCCGUGAAAUGUGUGAAAUCCGUAACGAUCCUGGACUUGUAUGUCAACCGCCCACAAACACAAACAUGGCAUACAGCAAACCUAGACCUACUGGCACAGUCACUUCUCGUAAAGUUGAAAUUGUAUCAUCAACUCCGUCAACACGUUGUCCCAUACACAAUGCUGGACAUUCUUUGAACGAAUGCCGUGGCUUCAAAAGAAAAUCACUACGUGAGCGUCAAAACAUUCUACGUGAUAAGAAAUUAUGUUUCCGAUGUUGUGCCUCACAAAGUCAUGUAUCCAAAAAUUGUACAGCGGACAUUAAAUGUGAUAUUUGUGAUAAUCCUUAUCAUGUCACAGCGAUGCACAUUGAUCGUCGUCCUUCAAACCCCGAAUCCCCUACACCAGUCUCAACAGCGAAAACUGCCUUAAGCAAUGGCGGGGAGUAUGAAGAAGGAAAACAUGGGAGUCGUUCUUGCGGGAAGAUCGUUUUAGUGGACGUGUUUUGUCAAUCAAAUCCUGCGAAAGUUAUCCGUGUUUAUGCGACAAUCGAUGACCAGAGCAACCGGACGUUGGUGUCCCCUUAUUUGAUAGAUCGACUCGGAGUUACAGGAGAAUGUAAACCCUACACUCUUACGUCAUGCUCCGGUGUAACGACAGUCGCUGGACGCCGUGUGAACGGAUUAUGUGUCAAAGCCUUGGAUGGUACAACUGCAUUCAACUUACCGGAAGUCAUUGAAUGUGAUUCUAUUCCUAGUGAGCAUCUUGAAAUACCUACUCCCAAAGUCGCUCAAUCACAACCGCAUCUACAAUGUAUUGCACCUUUCAUACCACCCCUAGAUCGCAAUGUGAAUGUUGAACUGCUCAUAGGACGUGACUUACCCGAUGUACAUCAUGUGCGCGACCAAAUUACUGGCAGCCAAGGUCAACCCUUUGCUCAACGUCUUCCACUAGGAUGGGUCGUCAUUGGUGAAAUUUGUAUUGGUAAAGUUCAUCCUCCAAAGGAAGUGAAUGUAAACAAAACGCAUAUUCUUAAUGACGGAAGGUGCACCACCUUUCCAGUGUGUCACAACAAUAUCAAUGUCAAGGACAAUGAUGAUGACAUAUUCAUACGAACACCAUUUGACAACAAGAUUGGACCUUCUGUUGAGGACCGCAAGUUUGUGGCUCUUAUGGACGCAGAGUUCCACAAAGACACUGAUGGUUUUUGGUCCGCACCAUUACCUUUCAAGGAGUCAAAACCAGUGAUACCUAACAAUUAUUCACAGGCCUGGAAACGUGCUUUGAUCCUCAACACAAGUUUAAAGAAAGAUCAUCACAAACGACAACACUUCUUAGCAUUCAUGUCAAAAGUCUUAGCUAGUGGGGCAGCAGAAGUUGCUCCUUCCGACAUACCUGGGGAAUGCUGGUAUUUACCCCUUUUUGGGGUGUACAAUUCGAAAAAACCGGAUCAAAUCCGAGGAGUAUUCGACUCGUCGGCUGUGUUUCAAGACGUUUCAUUGAACAGUGUGUUAAUGUCUGGACCAGACUUAACAAACAACCUUGUUGGAAUCCUCAUGCGUUUCCGUGAAAAUGCAAUUGCUAUCAGUGGUGACAUUCAGCAAAUGUUUUAUGCAUUUCGUGUUCAUGAGGAUCAUCGUGAUUACCUCAGAUUCUUUUGGUACGAGGAUAACAACUUUGAAAAACCUUUAAUACAAUACCGAAUGAAAGCUCACGUUUUCGGUAACACACCAUCUCCAGCUGUUGCCACCUAUGGACUUCGUAAAGCAUCAUCUGUUGGUGACGAUGAUGUUCGUAAAUUUGUUUACAACAACUUUUACGUCGAUGAUGGACUGACGUCGCUUGCUACAGAAUCAGAAGCAAUCAACCUGAUGAGAAAAACACAAGCAACACUGAAAAACAACGGAAACAUUCGUCUCCACAAAAUCGCUUCAAACAGUGUGAAUGUGAUGAAAUCAUUUCCUAUAGAUGACCUAAGAAGCGAUUUGAAGGAACUAAAUCAUUGUGCAGUCAUAUGCAACUUACCUGUACAACACAGUUUAGGAAUGCAGUGGGACUUAAACUGUGAUAUGUUUGUGUUCAAAAUCUCUAAUGCUGAAAAACCUUACACCCGCAGAGGCCUUCUAUCGACAAUGAACAGUAUCUUUGAUCCAAUGGGAUUUAUUUCUCCAGUCACUAUUAGUGGAAAAAUUCUACACCGUGAACUUGUAUCUCCUGGAUGUUACUGGGAUGAACCACUUACAGAGGAACAUUUGAGAAGAUGGCGAAUCUGGAUUGAUUCAUUACAAUCUGUUAAUAACUUCAGAGUUCCCCGAAUGAUUGUAGCCACUUCCAUUUCUUUGGCUCAUCAAGUGGAUGUUCAUGUCUUUUCAGACGCGUCAGAACAUGCGAUAGCUGCGGUGGCAUAUCUUCAAGUGACAGAUGAAUUUGGAGAAACUUCUCUUGGAUUUCUAAUGGGAAAAUCUAAACUGGCACCUCUGAAAGGUCACACAAUACCGAGACUCCAACUGUGCGCAGCAGUUCUCGCCACAGAGUUAGGAGAAGCAGUUUGUGACUACUUGAAGAUUCCUCAAGAUCGAUUUCAUUACUAUACUGACAGUAGAAUCGUCUUGGGUUACAUUUGUAACAAAACCCGUAGAUUUUUUGUGUAUGUUACAAACCGUGUGGAAAAAAUUCACAAAGUCUCGUCUCCGUCUCAGUGGUCUUACGUCUCGACCUACAAAAAUCCAGCUGAUGUUGCAACAAGAUAUUCACAUACAGCAAUUACUACGUCUCUACAGCGCUGGAUAACUGGACCUGAAUGGUUGAAAAAUUCUUCGGAUUUGAUCAAAACUGUCUAUCCUCUCAUCAAUCCUGAAACUGACAAAGAAAUCCGCCAAGAUGUUAUUUCUAGCAAAACUCAAAUUACAACUGAGAUCGUCUUUGACUCCCGUCGUUUUGCUAAGUUCUCAACCUGGAAAAAUCUCGUUGUGGCCUUUAAGACUUUGAAACGUUUUGUCAGAGAUAAAUUUCAAGUGAGCAGUGAAAGUAAAGACGAACCAGAUAUCUACAGAGAAACCGAAAUGUUCAUCAUUAAACAAAUUCAACAGGAGUCGUACUGUAAGGAAAUAGAAAACCUGAAUAGUGGCCAACCAAUUCCCAGAAACAGCAAAGUGUCACGACUUGACCCAUUCCUUGAUUCAUUCGGAGUUCUGCGUGUUGGAGGGAGACUUAAACUAAGUCCUGAGUUAUCUCUGGGAGAGAAGAAUCCAAUCCUCAUUCCAAAUCAAAACUACAUAGCAAAACUUCUCGUACUCCACUUCCAUGAAGUUAUUCGUCAUCAAGGACGCCAUCUAACCGCCGGGGCCAUCAGAGCAGCAGGAUAUUGGAUAACGGGCUGUAAAAGACUUGUGUAUUCCAUUCUAUCCAAUUGUGUAAAGUGUCGUCGACUUCGUGGUAGCCUUGCUUCACAAAAGAUGGCAGACCUACCUGAGGAACGACUUACCCCUUGUCCUCCAUUUACCUACGUUGGUGUCGACUGUUUUGGACCUUGGGAUGUUGUCACGCGUCGAACACGUGGUGGUUCUGCGAACUCUAAACGAUGGGCCGUAUUGUUUGCGUGUUUAUCAUGCCGUGGUGUCCACAUAGAAGUAAUUGAGGAGAUGACUACUUCGUCAUUCAUCAACGCCUUACGUCGCUUUACAUCUAUUAGAGGAAAAGUGAAAGAGUUUUAUUCAGACAGAGGGACAAAUUUCAUUGGUGGAACUCGUGAACUUGGAAUAAACGCUGAUUUUGUAGAAGACCCCUCGAUAAAAUCCUUCUUACAGUUGCAAGGAGCAGUUUGGAAAUUUAACACUCCGUUCUCUUCUCACAUGGGAGGCGCUUGGGAGCGCUUAAUUGGUGUAAUCAGACGAGUCAUUGAUUCAAUCUUACUGGAUUCUAAGCACACAAGAAUUACCCAUGAAGUCCUUAGCACGUUUAUGGCUGAAGCGACAGCGAUAGUCAACGCCCGUCCACUGGUACCUGUAUCCACCGACCCUGAAGCACCUUGCGUUUUGUCUCCAGCUGUUUUACUUACUCAAAAAACCGUUGAUUCAAACGAGGAUUUUAAAAAUCUCAGUGUCAGCGAAGUUUAUAACAUUCAGUGGAAAUUUGUUCAGUCUCUAGCGGAGAAAUUUUGGUGUCGUUGGAAAAAUGAAUACCUGCAGAGUCUACAAGUGCGACGAAAAUGGAAAGACACUCGAGAUAACAUCCAAGUUGGUGAUAUCGUUCUUUUGAAGGACAGUGAUGCACAUUGCAACCAUUGGCCGACAGGACUUGUUGAAAGAGUGUUUCCUAGCAAAGAUGGACUUGUGCGCAAACUUGAAGUUCGUGUUAUCAAAGAUGGACAGUCGCGAAAAUAUGUGCGUCCAAUUUCUGAAAUUAUAUUUUUGUGUCAUUCCAUUUAAUGCUUAUUGUGUUGUGACAAUUUACAAAAACAGUUUCAUGAACAACUUUUUGUGAACAGAGUACGGUUUAUGCAUUUAAGUGAUAUUUUCAUAUCAGACGGGGAGUGUGCUGUCUAUAGUUUAAAAUUUAAAUUCUGCAGAAAUAUUUUUGUACAAGUUAACCACUCUGAGUUUAGUAUAUCCGGUAAUCCUUUUUGGUACAAGUUAACUACAACGUAUAUCUGGUCAAUCACUCACUUCCUGUCAGCCUUACUGACCAGUCCGGUCUCACUUUGUCUAUCGUCUUCAAUCUGGUUAGAUGCGUGCCUCGAGCCACUAAUUUUUUACCAAUAUUAUUCACGACGGCAACGUUUUCCACACAAAAUAAACUAUGAAACCCGUG